AAUAAAAUAAAAUAAAAUAGUUAAAAUAUAUUUAAAAAAAAGAAAAAAAAAAAGAAGUAAAAAUCAAUGUACUAUAGUUUAAACUUAUCUGUGUUAAUACUUCAAUACUAACUAAAUAUUUGUUGUAUUAAUAUUGCCAGGAAAUUGAUCUUGCGUUGUCCGACAUUACCAUCAACAUCGACAGGUCAAAGGUCAUGGAGUACCUUCUACCAGCUAUAUACUACGACUACACUGACGUCAUCUACAAAGAAGAAAACAAUGAAGUAACAUCAUGGGCGACGAUACUCCGACCGUUCUCCCCCGCUGUGUUUAUGGCGAUCGCCGGGUCUGCUGGCAGUUUUUUCAUCCUCUAUGUGUCGGCGAUGGCACUGCUUCGAAAGACGCACAAGGUUCGAAAUGAACCCAAGACGGUCACCGACGUACUGUGGUUCACGAUAUCCUCUCUGGUUAAGCAAGGUAGCACCGUAAAAUCUUCCUCUCAAAGCAUCCGGGUCCUGGUGUCGUCGUGGAUGCUGUUUACCGUCAUCAUCAUUGCCGUAUACACCGCUAACCUGACUGCGGUGUUCAGCGUGCGGCCCGUAGUCAAACAGUUCUCGAGUCUGGGACAACUUCUCGAUAACCCCAAGUAUAAAAUAGGCGUUUUACAUGGCAGCAUUCUCACCAUGAUACUCAAGAACUCGUCCCAUCCAGAUUAUCGUAGAGCUUGGAAUAAGAUUUUAAAAGAUAGCAAAGAUGAUCCGGAUGUUUUCACUACAAAUGAGACAAAGCACGUGCAAAAAGUCAUUGGAGGCUACUAUGCCUUUAUCCGGAACGACGCUGGCUUGCGCAUAUUCACGAGAGAAAACUGUGGAUUACAAAGACUCGGUUUAUCUCUGGUCUGGCAGCCGGUCUGUCUGGGAGUUCCGAAACGGUCUACACUGAACGUCGAGUUUGCUGAAACAAUGAAGAGACUGGAGACAUCAGGUAUCUUUAACUACUGGUGGAACGUGCACAUAUCCCAGCUAAAACACAUCACCUGUCCGUCCAGGCAGCGGUCUGUGAGUUCCAGUAUCACGCUGGAUGACAUCAAAAGCGGAUUCGUUCUUCUCGGAGCUGGCAUUGGAGCCGCAGUUCUUUCACUCUUCAUCGAAAUAUUGUGGAACACCAUAAGACGAAAAUGUAAAAUCCAUAGGAAAAUAUUGUAAUGUAGAACCAUAAGUAGAAACCAUGAAUGUUUAUGGAGUUACUUCUUUAAGCCACGGGUAGGACGUAGUCCACUGGUAAAGUGCUCACCUUAUGCACGAUCUAUCUAGGAUUCAUCCCUGUUGGUGCGUCCAUUGGGCUAUUUCUCCAUCCAGCCACUACUCUUCAACCGGUGUAACAAAGGUUGUGGUAUGUACUCUCCUGUCUGUGGAAUGGUGCAUAUAAAAGAUCCCCUGUUGCUAAUUGAACUGACUAGCCCAUGUAAUGGCUGCAGUUUCCACUCUCAUUGUGUAUGAAGUCCUUAACCAUAUUUCCAACACCAAAUAACUAAAUAGAAGUGUGCUGAGACUUUA